AUGCUUAAGGAAGAUUAUGGUUACCCAGAUACUCUUGACUUUAGUGACAGAUAUAAAGAAGCUAUUAGAAAGUUCAAGGAAGGAAAUACUGACCCGAACCUAUUUAGCUUUAUGGUUCAGCAUCAAAUCGGAUAUAAUCUCAAACCUGGAAAAUACAAGCUCGCAAAGGGAUAUGAUUUAAUAGCAUAUCAUCCAAAUGACAUGAAUGAAUUUACUCCGAGAUAUUUGAUGUCAGAGCUAAAUGAUAAUUCAACUCUCUUCAUGAAACGCGUAAAAAAUAGAGACGGAACGAAAGAAGAAAGGUUUAUGAGUCCGGAUGACUUAGAUAGGGAACUUGUUAAAAACGGUCUCGGAAUAUAUGAAAUGCCAGCAGAUGAGGUACAAGAAACUCAACAGGAAGAAGUUCAGAUACAACCAGACAUGGAAGAAAUAGUUCAGCAACAACAGCUAGAAGAGCCUGAAGGAAACGAACAAGUCCCUCCUUUGGAAACUAACUUCACAGAACUAGAUGAAGAUUUGGAACAGCCGAAAAAUCUUGACCCUCAACAAGAGUAUGA